AUGUCCUGCAGGACCCCCCUGUGGCCGAAGGCCAACACGGAGACGCCGUCAAAGUCCAAGAUGACCUUGGGUACGUACAGUCGCGAGGGUUGCGCCGGCGAGCGCGGCUCCAUCACCAAAGAGGACGGCGCCGACGAGGGCAACGACGACGACCAUGACGUUGAGGAAAUUGAGGAGCUGCAUUGGGAUGAUGGCUGGUCGUUACCGCCGGCCAAAAAGCAGACGCUGAAUUGGCCGCUUGACCAGCUCUACACCGAAGCGGUUGAGGGAGACGAAGGAUUGAGGGCACCCCUCUCCGGAUCCGGUGGUGACAAACUGGCGACUGAGUUCCGUCUCACAUUCUUUGGGGAGAGAGACCGCGAGGCUGUAUUGCAUGAUGCCUUCUGGCUUCACAAGACUUACUCCCAGUUGGUCUUGCGAAUGAUUCUAGAAGGACCGAAGUGGGCGACCUCGAGCAAGGGAACCGCGACCGGGGCAACAGAAGAAGCUACAACAGAAGCAACUCCUUUACAAGGGGAUGCCGCUAUGGGAAUGCCGGUAGUCCGAAGACCUGGGGACACUGUACGGUACCGUGUGUUUGAACACUACCUCUUUUUCAGCGGAAAAGGCUCGUGA